AUGCAGAAUCCUCAAAGAGGGGCCGUCUAUGGCAAGAACGGAAUUGUGGUAUGGACUGCACUUGGCGCCGCACUGGCUGUGGUGAGUCUAUGGACUUCAUCCACAUAUUCUGAGCGAGACGCCAUCGAACGUGAUAUCGGUCUACAACUGUCAAUGUGGACACUGCAUCUACUUCAUUGUCUGUCUUUCUACUAUAAGCGGCCGGACAGUGCUGGCUUCCCUAUUGAUUUACAAGGAAGUACCGGGCGUCUUGUAACCGCGGUAGUCAUAGGGUUUGACUGCCAUAGACUACGCAGCAGUGGUAGCUUCGAUAAACAACGUCUACUACUGUCUCAGCUUCAAGUCAUUGCGGCUCUAGGGGGUGCCUGCUGUAGUUGGACUCUUACUCAUCGUUCGAAAGGUGCCUUGCGAAAGAAGCGGAGCUUAGACCAGGAAGAUGCGAGCAGUCUCUUGCGCAGAAUAUCAUUCAGCUGGGCAAGUCCCCUUCUGCACAUUGCCAAUGAAAAGGAGACCCUAGAAAUGGAGGAUCUUCCUCACCUUUCCGAUGGUUACAGUGCGAGUAGUAUCAAAGCCCCCUUCUUGAGGAAUCGGAGGGAUACUGUGCUACGAAGAAAGUGGCCGUUCGUAUUUGCCUUGUGGGAUCUCACAUACAGAUAUCUCCCUGUACAGGCAUUGAUGGGCAUCACGAUUACUGCCUUGGGCUUCGCUCCACAGGCAGCACUAUUCGGUCUACUUAACUCGACCAAUCGUUCAUGGGCGGUUUCCUGGGCAUAUGUGGUUGGUCUGUGUCUGCCACUUGUUGCAUCGGCAAUACUUGACAACAGGAGGUAUUGGGUCUCUUACCGGUCAUUGUCGCUGCGAGUUCAGCAGCAUCUGAUGGUCGCCUUAUUCGACAAGACCACCCGUCUAGAUCUGGCGUCCCCGACUGUUUCACCGGCAGAGAAAGAAAGUGACACGAGAAACACGGCAGAUCCUAGAAGCAUAAUGACCUUGAUGUCAGUUGAUGUGAAGCGUGUAUCAGAUCUCAUGUUGAACUCUUACGCUAUCUUCGAAACUCCGAUACGGCUCCUUGUAUCUGCUGCCAUUCUCGCCAGACUUGUCGGUUGGCAAAGUCUGCUUGCCAGUGUGACAAUAGUCAUUCUGCUUUGGCCACUCAACAAGUAUACGGUAAAGCGCUAUACGUGUGCCAAUACUACCAUGAUGAAAUACAGGGACCGCAAGAUGGCAUCAGUGACAGAGGCUCUGCAGGGUAUUCGUCAGAUCAAGAUUUCCGCGAUGGAAGAGCAAUGGGAGGAGAAGAUCAACUUGUUGCGCGACGAGGAACUCAAGGCACAACGAGUAGCUUUCCAGUGGAAUCUCGUUUUGAUGGCUCUAUAUCUACUCACACCAACGGUUCUAUCAACAGUGGCCUUGACGGUGCACUCAAGUGUUCACGGGUCCCUCUCGGCCGCCACUGCCUUCACGGUCAUGUCCGUUCUUAACACCAUGCAGAGCUCAUUGACAGCCAUGCCUGGAAUUAUAUCUUCUGUCCUCAAUUGCGUUAUCAGUUCGAAACGGAUUUCGGACUACCUCAACACGCCCGAGCAGCUUCCCGUUGUGCUUCCGUGUGAAGAUAUCGAAUUUCACGAUGCAUCCCUGGCAUGGCAUGGGCAGACAGGUGGCAGAGUGGCAAUUCUGAGCAAUGUGAACCUGAACAUUCCAAAGGCCGGCUUAACUAUUAUUGCAGGACCCACGGGCGCUGGCAAAAGCCUUCUCCUGGCCGCGAUGCUCGGCGAAUGUGACAUUCUCAGUGGCACCGUAAGAGCCCCAACGAGACGAGAAUGGAACCCAACCUUCCAACAAGACCAGGAAUGGCUCGUUGAGGGAGCAAUGGCAUACGUACCCCAAGCGCCCUGGAUCGAGGCCACCACAAUAAAAGACAAUAUUCUUUUUGGGUUGCCGUACAGCCCCGAAAGAUAUAACGAGGUGCUAGCUGCCUGUGCGUUAGAUCACGAUCUGCAGAGAUUUUGUGACGGGGAACAGACUCAACUGGGUCCAAACGGAGCCAACUUAAGCGGUGGCCAGAAAUCGCGACUGUCUCUCGCUCGAGCCCUCUAUUCCCGAGCCACGGUGCUACUCUUGGAUGAUAUACUCAGCGCAGUUGACGUGCAUACCGCGGCUCACAUAUGCAAGCAUGCCCUGACUGGACCUCUGUCGUGGCAAAGAACGCAGUGCAUCGUACGGCAAAGCUACCAAUAUGGAGAUAUCUGCAAAAAGAAACUACCACAUACCUGGCUCACCUACAUUGAGUCGCAGUGA